GUGAGUCACUUGUGGGCCUCGUGAGUGUAACACAGCACCGUGUAUAUUGCCGGCCGACGUGGGCUUCUCUAUAGUUUGACUUCGGUACUGUGUGUGAGUCGUUGGCUUGGCUGGGCUCGCUGCUGGCCCUCAGUCUGUGUCCCGUUCUCGCCCAGAGCGGACGCCCGUUUGCGUGCGUGUCUGUGUGUGCCAACAAUUUCACAUAUCUCACGAGCUGAGCCGACUGGCGUGUAUAUUUUUUUCGAUCGACACGUGUAGAGUUUUGGGGUGUUUACACAGUUCGUUUGAAUUGAUAUCGGACAGCAGUUCAUCUCUUGGCUCGGCUCGGGUGUUUUUUGUGUGUCUACUAUUACACAGUUCAGUGAGCGCGGCGAUAUUAUUUAUAAACAUUCUAGCCCGCGGGAGCCCAACAAAUAAAUAAAAAAAAAGAGAUUUUUUCAAAAAAAAAAAAGUCAUUGGAUUUUUCGUUCGUUUCGUAUACGGCGGAUGGGAGUUGUCGACUGGGACGAAAUUUAUUUCCCCCCCGAACGGACUUGUAUAAUUUAUCUCUCUGCAAUGGCCUGAAGGGAUUUGGGUCCGCUCUGAGAAAGACGAUGGUGCCAUUAUUUGACCGAAAUCAUCAUCAUCAUCAUCUUAUUCCUGCCCAGUCGUUUGGGCAACAACAGGUGUGCCGAGCUAACCGAAGAUGAUGACACAAGGGACGACAUCGCAGGGAAGCAACGGCCAUUUAAGGCCGCCCCGUAAAUACACGCCCAGCGAGACCACACAGAUCUACACCGACUGGGCCAAUCACUACCUGGAGAAGGUCAAGUCGAAGCGACGCAUCCAGGAUCUGCCUAACGAUGUCACCGAUGGAGUGAUUCUGGCCGACGUCAUCGAAGCUGUCGCCAAUCAGAAAUUACCCGACGUCAAUCGCAAACCGAAAAACGCCUCGCAAAUGAUUGAUAACAUCGCCACUUGCCUGAGACUGCUGACGGCGCUGGGCAUUCCACUGGACGACGUCACGGCCAGUGAGAUACACCAGGGCAAUUUGAAAUCCAUCCUCACCGUGUUUUUCGCCCUGUCGCGCUACAAACAGCAACAGAAAUUGCAGCAUCAGCAACAGCAGCAGCAGCAACAAGAAAUGGCCAAGAUUCCGAUUGCCAAGACGAAUGUUUCGUCGAUUCCGGCGGUUGGACUCGUCAAAAGACCCGGGCAAAUGCAGAUGAUCUCGAAAAUAGCGGUGCCAUCUAGUGUUCAUUAUGGUUCUCCACAGCUGAGACCGAUUUCCAGCACUGCUACAUCUGCUGCCAGUUCUCGAUCAGCUAGUCCCAGCCUUUGCAGCACUGGAAGUGGCAACCUCUCUUCAACUGGUUCACUCAUACCACGAACUCCAACUAAAACAAAUUCUUCAGUAAAGAUUAAUUCAAUCAAGACUCCACUGGCCGCUCAUCCAAUGCAGAAGCAAUCCAUGCUAGAUAAAUUUAAAUUAUUCAAGCCCAAUGAAAAAUCUGUUGGUAUUCCAACUGCCCUAUCGAAGAGGCCAUCUAGUUCGAGUGGGUUCAGUUCUGGGCGUUCAGAGCAGGGAGAUUCAAGUUCGUUCAACAGCAGUAACGGUCAUGCAACUCCACUGACAACUUUGGCCGUUUUCGAUCAACCACCAUCGCAAAAGAAGACGAUACCCAACGCUCUUGUAGUUCAAAACGGCACCAAAGAGAGAAGCAUCAGAACUCGAGCGAAAAACUCGCCCAAAUUGUCGCCCAAAGUGAAACGAUUGGCCGAAACUGAAGAGAUUAGCAGCAGUGUCAAAGUGAACGAGCAACCAGCCCCGGCGACGACGAUGGCUGCCAAACCCUUUUGCUCUGGUGGUAGCGGUAUACCCAAGCCGACAGCUGCCGUUAAGGGUACCGCCAAAGUUGUGAGGAAGCCAAGUGCAACGGAGGAGGCCGUCCUGGAGAGAACACCCGGUGAUGGGAAAGAAGUACCGACCGCUUCUAAUAAGGCUAGUUGCAAGUCCGAGAUGAUGAUGGUGGAACCCUCUGCUACAAAUUCAACUGCUGUGGAUAGCGCUUCUUCUUCUGCUGCUCCUUUGCCGCCUCACGAUUCUAAUUUGUUGGGAAACUCUCCAGCCGUUUCUCUUAGGGAAACUACGCUAUCAAGUCAAGUGGCCGUCAAGUGCAAUAGCGGCACGGAUAGUCCCACUACGCGUCUUCCUUCGAUUGCGGACACUAGUGAGCCAAGUAGUCAGCAGCCCACUGUAUCCCGCUCUCAAAACCAACCAGGCCACAUCCCUUCGGACGUUGUUGAUCAAGCAAAUCAGCAGCAGUUGGAAAUCAAACCGCAGGAAAAGUUGGCCGACCGAGCCGAUCUCAUACCUCCAUCCGAGAGCGAUCAACCGGACGAUUGCAAGGCCGACAAUGCUCGGUCUUUGAACAACAACAGUAGUUUCGUGGCCAAAGUGUUCCCCAUGACGACCAGCGACCUGGAAACGUCGCCACCUUCUUCCAGUGACAUCAGUGACCCCACGGGCCAGUGUCAAGAUGACGACGAGGACGAAUCGAUGAACAUUCAACCCAUGACGAUAUUUCCCGCCAGCAAGGGUCUCGGCAAGCGGCACGAGUAUUCAAACGGGCCCAGCCAGUCGUUUCACGAGAGUCCAACGACAGUCAAACGGGCGGCAAACACUUCGUACGCCGAUCCGCUCGAUGGCUACUUGUCGGAGGGCGGUGCAUCUCUCUAUGCUCGGAAGCUCCAUUAUUUGGCGGUGACUCAGCGCAAUAAAGAUGAAGACAGUUACGACGACUCCAGUUCGCUUUCCAGUGGCAUUUCAGAUCCUUGGACCGACGUUUAUGGACUUCAUUUCAAGAUGGAACACAAUGGAGGUGUCUACCCUGGUAUUCCCAAUGGUUAUGGAACGCCUCUGCAGAAUCGCCGUCAUCCACCCGCUGUCGCUGAAACUUCUCCUUACAAACAAAUCUCGAGUUCGCAAUGGAAGAAGUUUAUCGAGGCCGGCCGCUUGCCAUCAUCGGAAAGGUUCCAAACGGAACUUUGGAAGAGCGACUCCCGGGAACGAUCACGAUCCCAACAGCAGGAAGUCCCCUCCCCUAGAAAGACGGAGCACAAAAAAUUGAACACCAUCGAGUCGGGCAAGCGGAGUAAAGUGUAUACGGAAAGUGAAACAAGCGAACGACGCCAACCGGCAAAAGGCGUUCCAGCCUCGUUUGGCUACGUCAAGAAGAACACUGGGUAUCCGGGAUUGGACGUCAAGCGUUACGAUUCGUCGACUAUGAACGGAAAGGCAGUCACUUACAAGACGGCCAAUGUGGCUACGGUUCCGAAGCUGAUGGAAGACCAACAUCGAGAGAACAAUGUUCCAGCCAACUCGAAUCGAAGCUUAGAAAGACCAAAAACUCGUUUGAAAGUCAGUGGUGGAACUCAAACGGACCUUGGCGGACGAACACUGAAGCCAACCCAGUACAAGGCGCCUCCGACAUCUACGCAAUCAUCGCUCAACCAGCCGUGCGGAUCUUUCAGCGACUCUGAAUACCAAACUACCAACGGCGGAGUGAAAUUCGCUUUGCCCGUUGGUCCCUCGUCCGCCACUGUCAAUGGAAAAGUGGCCAAUCAGCAAACGGGGUUUAAAUCUUAUUCGCUCACUGCCCCCAUUGCCAAUCAACUGUCGCACAACAUUCGGGAACGCUUGUUACUUUCCGGCACACAGAGUCUUCCGAAAUCCCAUUUCAACCACAUCAAUGCCAGAGGCAUGGAAGAGAAGCGUUUAGCGCAUGCCAAUUUCGCUGCACAUUUAUUUGCCGGCGUCAGCGAACUGAAUGGAGAAACGGAUUUGAAUCUAGACUCGCCUGGAGCGUCUCAGUCGGGUGAUAAGUUGCGUGACAAAGACAAGUCCAUCAAGUACGUCGUCAACGGCAGGAACAUGCACACGGACGGAUCACUUAGUGACACGCCCUACACGGCCUACUGGAACAAGUACCAUCCCAAGAACGCCAAUGAUUUGGCGAUUAAUCCAGAGACGAAUUUAGAUUCUGCACAUGGCCCUAAAAUACCUUGGCUGAAUAACCCGCCAAGUCCUCGAUUGAAUCGUAGCAACAGCGUUCGUUCGACAAAGUCAGAAAAGGUGUAUCCUUCCAUGUUGCAACGCAAUGAAGAGAGUGAGCUAAACAAUUUCAGUAGUCACGUACAAGAAAACGGAUGUGACACUACAAGUAACCAUCGUUACGCGGGAUCAUCUACGUCCCGGUCUUCGCUAGGCAACUACAGCGCUCUCCUGUCACUCUCUAGAAUGAAUUCCAAAGAAGAAGAUUGCCACGGAUCAUCCCUCAGUCUGGUUUCGACAGCUAGUUCCUUAUAUUCCUCCCAAGAAGAGAAACAGGCAUCGGAAAUCCGCAAGUUGAGACGGGAUUUAGCUGAAGCUCACGAGAAAGUAAACACGUUGUCUGGACAACUGUCCACUAAUGCUCACGUAGUUGCUGCUUUCGAACAGUCGUUGGCCAGCAUGACUAGUCGCUUACAAUCACUGACCAUGACAGCCGAGCACAAGGAAAAUGAACUUCAGGAUUUACGCCAGUUUAUUGAUCAAUUACGUAAGCAAGGGUUCGAUGCUGGGUCCUUGGGGAAAAUGGACUCGCAUUCCAACCAUGCAACAAUAUCACGUCAACUGUCGAGCGAUUCUGUUUCGAGCGUGACUUCUCAGACGACGAAUAUGAGCUCGGUUUCGUCCUUGUCGCCAUCCCAGCCCAAUGGAUCCUGCUCACCUUCACCUUCUCCUUCACUGAAAAAGAAGUCGUGGUUGCGUAAUUCGUUCUCAAAAGCUUUUUCACGCUCCAAACGACCGCAAGGAGGAGGCCCUCGCCAGGGCACUGGAUCAGACUCUGAAGAUUCUUCCGGUCCCGUACGUGGAAUGGGCAGCACUUGGUCGGCUCCUUCCUCUCCUAUGUUAGCUAGUCACCAUCCACAUCCCCAUAGUCAGAUGGACGUGACAGAUGGCGAUGCCGAUCGAUCGGUAGCCGUUCCAGAAACUGUUCAAGAACUCAAGAAACAGCUCAGAGAAAAGGAUAUGGUGCUGACCGAUAUCCGUCUCGAAGCGCUAUCUUCUGCCCACCAAUUGGAAGCGCUCAAGGAAACGGUUUCCAGGAUGAGGAACGAAAUGCUUACGCUGAAGCAAGACAAUGAGAGGCUCCAUCGUCAAGUAGAUCAGAAAUCAGCUGUCUCAUCCCCUCAUCAUACGGUUGAUCGUCGUGGAUCCCAUCGUCGAUCGCCAGCCGAUGAAGCAUCUGUCAUUACUGAUUGGAUGCUUGGACUGGACAAUGACAAGGACAGCAAAUCGAUCGCUAUACAUCUCCACAUAAAGCAAGAGGACGAGGAUGAUGUCACAUCGGCAAUCGAUACUACUCAUUUGUGGUUGAUUGGAUAUGUCGCUGUCAGCGGAAAGACUCGUUGGGAUCAUCUGGACCACUCUGUUGGCAAGCUCUUUAACGAGUACUUGCGACAGGUUGACCCUCAAUCUCACCUUGGAUUGGAUGAAGAAUGCCUGUCUUCCUAUCGUGUUGGAGAAAUUGUGCGAUCGUUGAACACCGACGAAGAAGUUGCUACUCCUCCUGAACUGCUACCGUGUGGCUAUUUGGUGGGCGAUUGCAAUUACAUCGCUUUAAUAGUGAAACAAAGCUCCAAAUAUGACUUGCCAGCUUGCCUCGCACUAGACACGCUCAUACCUCUACCUAUACUCAGCAGAUAUGUGUCGUUAUUGAACGAACAUGGACGAGUCAUCCUGAGUGGACCUUCAGGAACGGGCAAAUCUUAUUUGGCUCGAAAACUUGCCGACUAUUGUAUCGGGAAGGAUGAUGUUCCUUCAACUUCCACCACUGUGCUCAAAGUUGAUGCUUCGAGCUGUAAGGAAGUUCGGCAAUAUUUGAGUCACGUCUGUGAAUCUUUGCUGACUGGCAGUUCAAGCGACGUUCCUACUGUUAUAAUUUUGGAAGAUUUACACCUGGCUCCUUCCCUUUGCGAUAUCUUUGCGCCACUGUCUCACUUUGAGUCGGUUAGAGAGAAACAAAAAUUCCCGUACCUUAUUGGCACUACAGGCCCAAUGGCGCAAUCCUCGGUGCACCUCCAGUUACAGUUUAAUUUCAGGUGGAUUCUUUUAGCAAAUCAUGCAGAGCCGGUUCAAGGCCUUAUCCAGCGUUUCUUACGUCGUCGUUUAAUUCAAAGUCAACUGCUGGCUAAAUCACGUGACGGAGCAUUGGAGCGAGUUGUCGAGUGGAUCCCUCGUUGUUGGGCCCACCUGAACAAAUUUCUGGAGACUCACAAUUCGGCUGACGUGACGAUUGGCCCGCGUUGGUUCCUACAGGUCCCAGCUGAUUCGACGUGCUCACAAAUUUGGUUCACCGAUCUUUGGAAUUAUACUUUGGGGCCGUACCUGCUGCACGCAGCUAAAGAAGGGCUUCAGCUCUAUGGAAAACGAGCGCCAUGGGAAGAUCCUACGUCAUGGAUCAUAUCCACUUAUCCUUGGGCUCAAGGCAGUGCCUGUGAUGCUCUUAUGCGACUUCGACCUGAAGAUGUUGGUUACGACUCGGCAACAAGAUCAAAUUCUACGAGUACUUCAAACCAGGAUCGAGAUCCAUUGGUUAACAUGCUAAUUAAACUGCAAGAAGCAGCCGGCCUCCCAAGUCCAGUGGACAACUCAGAAAACAGUUCCGAAUCACUAGCCAGUGGAAGCGAGUCCAAAGUGACUAAUGAUACAGUUUAAAAAGUACCAAAGAUCUGCAAUUUAAAAAAAGUGUAAUAACCAAGCCACAAGCCAUCAUUGUUUACAUACUAUAGCGCUUAUUCUUUGUCUUUUUUAAUCAAAUAUUAAAUCUGUUUCAAUGAAUUUUCGAAGCGGAUUCUCGUUUGUCACUGUGUCGAAAGAAAUCUUUGCAUUUUAUGUUGUUCUUACAUCUAUAUGAUCCAUUGACGGCGUUUUAAAAUAAUUUGAUUUCAUAUUUUUGUACUAGUAAAAUAUUGUGUGCUAUGAAUUUCCCAGUUUAAUAAAGUGUUCGGUAAGUUAUGGAAUUACAAGAUUUUUUUUCGAUUGUGUUUGCGAACAAUACACCGCAUUUUUUACCUUC